AAUGGUUCUUGAAUCUGUAUUAUCUGAAGAUAACAAGGUCUAUUCAGACGCAAAGUCAUACUGUCAACUGUUGUUGACUUGUGCCAUUGCUUGUGAAAUUUCGUACAUGCCUGAUCCAUUGUACACAUUAAACAAGGAGUAUUCCCAAUUUGAGCAUGGUAUCAAGAAACUAUGUAGUAGUAUUACUAAUGAUAUGGACGCAAAGGCAACACUUGAAACAAGAUAUGUUGUGGCUGAUUGUUCUGAUGAAAAUCGUAAAAGAAUUGUUGUAGCAAUUAGAGGUUCCUACUCCAAGUCUGAUAUUUUGACAGAUGUAAAGUUGAUCCCUGCCAUGAAUUACUAUGGAUAUGGCGUUUUACAUAGUGGCUUCUUGGAAAGAGCCAAAUUCAUUCCACUUGAUUACUUUUUAGAAAAGAUUAACGAAGGUUAUCAAGUUGUUAUUACUGGACACAGCAUGGGUGGAGCAGUUGGGGCCAUCCUUGCAACGCGAUUGAUGCAAGCUACUGAAGCAAAGGCCAUCAAGAAACCACCAAUUCAAUUCAUUGGUUUUGGAGUUCCCUUGCUGGCUGAUGUUAAGUUCAAAGAAAGAAUUCUAAAAGAUGAACAGUCGAACUAUUUCCAUUUUUAUAUCAACGAAAAAGAUUGUGUUCCAAGAUCUAUUAGUAUUGUUAGUGAAAUUAUCAGUCUUUCUGCUGAAUCAGAUCUGAUUGACCAAGUGUCAAACUUUCUAAAAACUGUUGUGUCGGCAAUCUCCAGUAUUACAGGAAGGGUUCAUAGAGCAGAAAUAAUUAAUUCUGGUAUAUCUGUUUUCCAGUGGUUUUCUAAAGUAAUUGCCAAGGUAAUUCACAAAUAUGCACCACAGUUUUCUCCUUUUGGUAAUCACAUUCACAUUUCCUAUUCUAACAAUAAGCAAAUAGUUACUGAACAUCAAGAGGAAAUUUACGAUUUAAGCGACAAGUUGGCAGAGAUGUUCAGUAGAGAGAAACUGGAAAUGAUUCAACACCACAAAAUGACCAAUUACUUUCAUGAGGUGUUGAAGAUUUGUGACUGUUUUGAAUUCAAAAAAGAUUGCUUUCUCAAAGGUUAUUUCAAUAAGAAAGCAGAAAAAAUGCAAGAUUUGCAUGUUCCAGAAAAUUGGUCCUUCGUUCCUCUUAGAUGGGUUAAGAAGCAAGAUGAAAAUGCAGAUGCCUUUGAAGGAAAGGAGUGCUACUCUGUUCGUCUGAUUGUAAAUGAAGCUACCGUUGAUGUAAACUUGACACUAAUUUCAAAGAAAUUUGUGAAUUACAUUACAAAGGUUGAGAUUAUCAAUCCUAUUUGUCAGCAGGUGAGUGUUCGUGAUGAGAUGAAUGGUGUUACUUAUUGCCUAAGCGGAAUCGUGAAAGACUUUUGGAAACAUAAUACUUUGCAUGUCAAAUACCUACAAGUUAAGUUUACAACCCAUUUCAACUCUGUUAUUUGGGAUCUUCCUGUUAGCCAUGUAACUCCAGAAGUUGGACAAAGUGUAAAGGAGGAGAAAAUUUCCAAGUUACCAGUUGACCUCUUGUAUAUGUAUGCUUUGAGUUUUAUUUUCGCUACCAGCAAAGUUGAAGAUGAAUCGAUAAGAGCGAAAAGAAGCAAUUUACUCAGAUUACUCGGAGAUCUUGAUGAACUCAAUGAAGGGAGUACAAUUCCAAAAUCCAAUAUUGACAGUCAAGAGUUGAAUAUGAAACUAUUAAGAAUGUUCUUUGAGGGAACAAACGAGCAAGUUGGAGAUUAUGGUAAAUUGUUCCAUCUUAACUUUUCAUUUUCCACUGAAACAGCUAAAUUGAGUGAAGAAUCGUUGACUUUUAGAGAUUUAGUUGAUAAGAAAUUUUUAACAGUUCUCCACCAUAAUUCAGUUCAAUGUUCCUUAAUUAAGGAAAUGUUUUCUGAAAAGAUUGGAAUGGGAGCCAGUGCAGCAGGCCUUGGUAUUAGCGCUGGUGUUUGUUCUGGUUUACUUUUCGUCCCAGGCAUAAACCUCUUUGCAAUUGGUGCUCUGAUAGCAACAGGAGUGGUGAGCUUGGCAAGUUUUGCAGCAUUUAUGGCCAAUUAUGUUAGGAAGAAUAGAGAUGUAUUAGAUUAUGAGCAAAAUCUUAAAACAUUCAUGGACAGCUUUUAUAUAGUCUAUUCACACAGUAUACCUACUUUGUAUCACUUUGAAAAAUUGAUUUUUGAUUGGACUCGCACCAAUUUAUUGAAGUAUGAUGAUAAUGCUUACAUUCUUGACCACUGGUCAGAAGUUUUCGGAAAGGGGUCUACCAUUGGUUGGGUCAGUGUCUCCGAAAGGAAGAAAGUAUUGAGAGUGUUGAAAUCUGCGUGUAUUAACUAUCAAAUCAGACAAGAAUUGAUGAAAAACUUCUACGUUGGAGUUGUUGGAAUGAAGAAAUGUGGAAAAUCAACAUUUGUCGAAAAGUUCCUUCAUAGAAAUGCUAACGCCUCAAGUAUAAUAGCUACAACUGAAAUUCAAGCAUACCCACUAACAAGUAACUCAUCCAAUUUUGCUGUUUGGGACUUCCCACACUAUGAAAGUCAGGAUCAUCUCCACAAAGUUCAAUUUAUUACUUCUCGUUUUUUAUUGGACUAUAUUGUUGUUGUAUACGAUGCCCUUUCCAAAUGUGAUAAAGAAGAAUGCAAAGAACAUAUCAAUGUUAUCAAACAAAGUAAUGAUCACAGAUUCAUUGUUUUAAUGAACAAGGCAGAUGCGUUAUAUAAGCCAAACAUGAAUAUGACAAAAGACCAUUUUGAUGACACAAGAAGGGAAUGUUCCCUCAAACUUGGUGUAGAUAUUUCAAGAGUAAUUUUGACCUCAGUUGACCCAGCUAUAAAUAAUAUCCACCAAUUGAAACCUUGGGGUGUAAACAUGAUGUCAGAAAUAAGAGAUGUAAUUUGGGAAGAUUUAAAGACAACAGCAAAACGAACAGUUGCAGAGGUUGAACAAGAAUGGAAUAGUUUGAAGAAGUAUGAUGCCCUUAAAGUUAGCAUUGAAUUCAGAAGAAAGGGAAAGAAUUCCUCCUUUUGCUUCUCUUGGGAUAAAUUAAAGAAUUUGCAAUUCAGAGAACUUGUAGAAGAGCUGAAGAAUGAAUUUGAUUAUGACAAUAUCAAAAUAACCACUAAGAAUUCAUUAGAAGAGAUUUCAGAUAUGCAACAGUUACUAGAACAUGAGGAUCAUGAAUUCAUUGUAGAAAAACAAUAA